CAGUAUGAUGAGGAGAGUCCCCCCUUGCGCUUGCUCACAGAUCAAACGUGUUGCAGGUUUCCGUGACAUAUUACUACCGGGAUUCCCAUUCCAUCUGUAUUGCAUUUGAGGCCGUAACUGUCCCGCCGCCCUGUGCCUCUUUUGCUUAUCGCAUCGUAUAUAACCGCCACGGCCCCACGCAACUCCCCACCCCCUCGCCGCCCUCGAACGCCACCCUCCCUCUUCGCAUCAUUCCCUUUCUUCUUUCUAAAGGAAUCUCAUUCUCUUUGUAAUAAGAGGACCUUCGACCUUUGGUUUCCUUCGCCGACGACGACGACGAACGAACGACGAACGACCGCGCGCAUACAAGCGGACACAAACACUACUCUCGCUUUCCUUUCUAUAGACUUUAGACAAAAAUGGUCAAGCUCGCCCUUAUCGUGACCUUCGCUGCGCUGUGCGCUACCGGUGUGUUUGCAGACCCACAGAAUGGCCGCCAACGAGGUGGGCUUGCCCGUGGUGGUGCUGCACGACAACAGCAGGCCGCUGCCGCUCGUGGUGGUGCCGCUCGUGGUGGUGCAGCUGCUGCUGGUGGGGGUCAACGUGGCGCCGCCGGUCGUGCUGCCGCCGCCGCUCGGGCGAAAGCAGCAGCAGCUGCCGCAGCCAAGGGCCAGGGCAAGAACAACAACGCCGGCAAUGCAGGAGCGGGAGCAGCUGCGCCUGCUGCUGGGGCUGGGGCCGCCGCCCCCCCUGCUGCCAAACCCGAACCCGCGACCCGCAUCACCGAAGUCCCCAUCACCCAAUUCGCCACGGCCCCCUUCUGCGGCGCAUCCAACCUGACCCCCUCCGACGGCACACAGAUCCGCACGGGCGCCUGCUCCUCCACCGCGCUCGGCGCCAUCCCGGACGUUUCAAAGAUGGUCAGCACCAUCAUCACCUCCCCCGCCAACCUGGCCGUCAUCGACGCGACAAAGGACACCCUCGUCGCCGUCGACAUGCUCAACCUCGACACGGGUUUCUUCGCCGACCCCAACAAGCAUUACAACCAGCAGCCGCAGACGCUCAACCGCAACGGGAUCACACAAGGUCACCAGCACAUCUCCGUGCAGCCCUUGGUCUCGGGCACGGCCGCGCCGGACCCGACCAAGUUCGCGUUCUUCAAGGGCUUGAACGACGAGUCCAAGAACGGAAAGACAUUGACGGUCACGAUCCCCGCGGGAACGUUCAAGACCAACGGCGUGCAUCGGAUGUGCUCCAUGUCUGGAACAGACGCACACCAGCCGCCCAUUAUGCCCGUCACCCAGCGUGGCCCGCAGGACGACUGUAUCCGUGUCACGGUGCAGAACGCUGGUGGGGCCGCCGCCUAAACAUUUCUCUCCCUCUCCUUGUUCAUAGUUUCACCCAGGCGUAGCCCCCCCGACCCCC